UUGUCUUUUACCUCCAGUCUUGACUGUGAAGUCGAGAGAAGAUGAUAUCAUUAUUCGCUUGCGUUUUACCAAUUCUAAUCGGUAGUGAUCGUGUCUUUGCUCCUUCAAAUAAUGUUGGAUAUUCGGUAAUUGGAUUUUCAGCACUUUUUAGUCUUGGUAUUUUACCAAUUGGCUAUGCUGGUGCUCCAAGAUAUGUACCAAAAUGGAAGCAACAAGCAUGUGAAAUUCCAGCUUCUCAACAUCGAAAUUCUCAUUAUUUUUGUGACAAAGCUGGUGAAGUAAAAUGUCUUCCAGGAUGGACAGGUGAUUUAUGUGAUGUGCCAAUUUGUAAAAAAGGAUGUGAUCCACUACAAGGCUACUGUCGAAGACCAGGUGAAUGUCGUUGUAAACUGGGUUUCUAUGGUGAUUCGUGUGAAAAAUGUGUACCACUUCCAGGCUGUCAACAUGGCGGAUGUAAUGUAAGUUUUGAAUGUGCUUGUGAACCUGGUUGGAAAGGAUUAUUUUGUUCUGAGCCAAUAUGUGAUUCCGAUUGUAAUCCAAGUCAGGGCUAUUGUGAUAAACCAGGAGAAUGCAAGUGUCGUAUGGGCUGGCAAGGGCCCAAAUGUAAAACAUGUGUUAUACUUCCUGGCUGUGUUCAUGGUACAUGUCAUAGACCUUACGAGUGUCGUUGUGAAGAUGACUGGACAGGAAUACUUUGUGAAAAACCCGUCUGUUCAAAAGGAUGCAGCAUGAAAAAUGGAAUGUGUACAAGACCAAAUACUUGUAGAUGUAAUACUGGUUGGACUGGUAAAAAUUGUACAGAAUGUGUACCAUAUCCUGGAUGUGUUAAUGGUGGAUGUAGAAAACCAUGGGAGUGUAGAUGUAAACCAGGAUGGAGUGGAGAUUUGUGUGAUGAAAAAUUAACUUACUGUGAUGAGCAUGAAAAUCUUUGUCAAAAUAAUGGCACUUGUGUCAGUAUGACAAAGGAAAAUGGUGAUUACAGAUGCGAGUGUCCGAAUGGAUUCAUGGGUCGACAAUGCCAAGUAGCGACAGUUGAACCUUCAACUGAUUUAACACCACCAAAAAUACCAGAUGAUCAAGAUAAACCAUUUGAUUUUAAUAAAAAACCAAUUGUCAAUAAUGCAUAUGAAACAAUUAAUAAUUCUUCAAUGAAUAAUAACGGAAAUGAUUUUAUAGUGACUGACAUAGUGACAAUAAAACCAGAACAACAAGAAAAUAAUGGUAGUGAAAAUAAAACAACACCAAUUAUGAUUGUAACACCGUCAUCAUUAGAAACAAUUAUGUUUAAUAAUUUUACAACUUCAACUAUUGAACCAGCAGCAACAGCUGGUAAAUGGCCGACCGAAUCACCAACUAAAUCACCUUUUACAACUGACAGCGAUGCUGACAAUGAAAUUUGCUUGAUGCUGAUUGCAGCAGUAUUUGCUGAAGAUGAUAAAAAUGUUAAAAAACGUGGUUUAAGCUAUGGUUUAGAUCUUGGUUUAGGCUAUGGUGGUUAUGGAAGUUACGAGGGUGAAUACUCUGGUUUGAGUGAAUACUCUGGUUAUGCUGAACAUGCACCAAUUGUUAAAACACAAAUUGUUACAAAAACUGUUCCUGUUGCUGUACCAGUACCAAAACCAUAUCCAGUCAAGGUUGCUGUUCCAUACCCAGUUGUUAAAACCCAAACAGUUCAUGUACCAGUUGAUCGUCCAUACCCAGUUCCAGUCGACCGUCCAUACCCAGUCAAGGUCGCUGUCCCAGUCCACGUUGACCGUCCAGUCCCAUACCCAGUCAAGGUUGCAGUACCAGUUGUUAAAACCCAAACUGUUCACGUACCAGUCGAUCGUCCAUACCCUGUUAAAGUUGCUGUACCACAACCAAUUUACAUCAAAGAAAAAGUACCAGUUGCUGUACCAGUCAAGUCUUAUGGAAGCUAUUUAAGAACCACCACUACCUUCGUCAUCAUCACCACCACCAAUAUUACCACUGCCAAAAAAAAUAAAACGACAAGGGUUUUUCGGCUCAACAAAGUAUAUAAACUCGAAUCGUCAGCAUGUUCUUCAUCAGUUGCAAAUUUGAGCAUCAUGCAAUCCAAGAUUAUUGUUUUUUUCACCUUGAUGGCAGUGGUAUUUGCCACUGAUAAACCAGUUGAAGAAACAGCUGAACAAAAAAUUGAAAAUAAAUCAGAUGAUAAAUCAUUGGAUACAAAAAAAGACAAGCGAGGUCUUUGGGAUCUUGGCUAUGGUAUAAACACCUAUGGAGCUUAUGGAAUUAACAGUGGAAUUGGACUGACAAGCUAUUCAUCAUACUCUGAUUUACCAGUUCAAAAUUACUAUCCAACAAACACUCACACUGUCAUCACCAAAGAAGUUGCUGUACCAGUUGAAAAACAUAUACCUGUUGCAGUCAAGGUACCAUAUGCAGUUCCAGUUGAUCGUCCUUAUCCAGUUCAUGUACCAGUUGAAGUAACAAGACAUGUUCCAUAUCCAGUUGAUCGUCCAUAUGCUGUAAGAGUACCAUAUCCAGUACCAGUUGUUAAACAUGUUGCAUAUUCAUCACCAGUUGUUGUUCAAAAAAAUUCUGGCUGGACACCAUCAUCACCAGCAGUUAGCUACUCUUCUUCAUGGUAAUAAUUAUCAGGAAGAGAUAAUU